GCCGGCCCGCCCAUCUCGCGCGUGAUGGUAAGUCUAACGAGCGUGGGCGUGGGCACUCCGACGGCGUCCGCCCACCACCUGCUGCUCUUCCUGAACGCGUCCCAGGCCGCCGCCCACCUCCUGCAGCUCCCCGAGGCCACCUCCACGCCCGCAGCGGCCGCCCACGCCCCGAUGGUCGCCCAUGACCCCGCCGUGACGCUAGCGGACCCCAGCAACGCGACGCGGGCGGGCGGGCAGCUGGUGGAGGCGGGGCAGGGCGGGGCCGCCCACGGCGUGGUGGCCAGCGUGCUGCUGGUGCUGGUGCUCAACCUGAUCAUCGUGGGCACCGUGGUGGGCAACCUGCUGGUGUGCGUGGCCGUGUGCCUGGUGCGCAAGCUGCGCCGCCCCUACAACUACCUGCUGGUGAGCCUGGCCGUGUCCGACCUGUGCGUGGCGCUGCUGGUGAUGCCCAUGGCCAUGCUGAACGAGGUGCUGGGCACGUGGCAGUUCGGGCGGCUGGCGUGCGACGUGUGGGUGUCCUUCGACGUGCUCUCGUGCACGGCCAGCAUCCUCAACCUGUGCAUGAUCAGCGUGGACCGCUACCUGGCCAUCACCAAGCCCCUGGAGUACGGCGUGAAGCGGACGCCGCGCCGCAUGGUGGCCUACAUCGCCUUCGUGUGGCUGGGCGCCGCCUUCGUCAGCGUGCCGCCCGUGCUCAUCCUGGGCAACGAGCACGUGGAGGGCGAGAACUGCGUCGUGUGCCAGAACUUCUGGUACCAGAUCUACGCCACCUUCGGCUCCUUCUACAUCCCGCUCACCGUCAUGGUCAUCGUCUACUACAAGAUCUUCUGCGCCGCCAAGAGGAUCGUCAACGAGGAGCGGAAGGCGCAGGCGCACCUCCGCUCCGUCGAGGAGGCCGAGGCGGACGCGCGCGCGCCGCAGGACACGCGCUCCUACACGCAGCUCAGGCCCUUCUCCAGGUAG